AUGGAGUAUGUGACAUCCCUGGCAGACUUCCAAAUAGAGGCUAGCUGUUCCAUAUAUCUGGACUCCUUGAGAGACCCGGGUGGGCAUAGCUUCUGUGUCUCUUGCAUCAGUCUGUCCUGGAAGGAUCUAAAUGAUAGUUUCCUCUGUUCCUUUUGUCAUUAUUGCUCUCCAGAAAGGAAAUUCACAAGCAAUCCCCAGCUGGGCAUUGAAAUUGCUAAGCUACUACAGAUAAGAAGCAAGAGGAAGAAGAAGGAAGAGAAGCUUGUAUGUGAAAAGCAUAAUUAAGUGUUGGCCUUCUUCUGUCAGGACCUGAAAGUUUUAUAUCCACAGUGUAGUUUCUCCACCGAUCACAUCUGACCCAGAGAGAAGGCUGUUCCCCAUCUCAGGAAGAGACUGGAGAAUUGCACUGAACCAUGGAGGAAGACAGCAGAACAAGAUGAAAAGGGGAUAACUAUGCAAUCCAGAAAAUCAUUGGAACUGAAGAAGAAAUAA